GGGCAAAGUUGAGAAAAUCUUGGUGGCGUCUCCAAUGUCAUAAAAGCAUAUGCGAUGCAGCGAGAAAACACAUAGACCCUUUCGAGCUUGACCUCUACUGUCAUAGGACAUAGAGGAAAGAUAUGGCUGCCGCCCACAACACCGUGACACCCUCCGUCGCUGGCGAUCAAGAGGCGGCCGACGACACGUGGGUCCAGGCGAUGCUCUUCGCCAGCUCCCACGUCUUCCCGAUGGUCCUGAAGGCCGCCGCCCGGCUCGGCGUGUUCGACAUCCUGGCCCGAGCCGGCCCGGGGGCUCGGGUCCCGGCCGCCGAGGUCGCCUCUCAGCUCGCCACACAGAGCUCCGAAGCUGCUCCGAAGCUCGACCGGAUGCUGCGGCUCCUGGCGAGCCACUCGCUUCUGAGCUGCGAGGUGCGCGAACGGGACGACGGCCGGGCCGUCGAGAGGCUGUACGGCCUCACGCCGGCGGCUCGAUUCUUCGUGAACGAAGGGGAAGAGGGCUCGUUGGCUUCGUUGUUGGAGCUUUCCCUCCAUCCGGCUGCGCAGCAAGUUUGGCUGCAAUUGGACGAUCACAUACUUAAAGGAGGGAACCAAUUCAAGAAAGUUCAUGGGAUUUCGAUUUUCGAGUACAUGGAUAGUGAUCCGGCAUUCAACAAUACAUUCAACAAGGCGAUGGCCUCUAUGACAUCAAUAAUCAUGAGAAAAAUCCUCGAAAUUUAUCGAGGUUUCGAGGAUCUAACAACAUUAGUUGAUGUGGCCGGAGGAACCGGCAAGUGCCUCAAUAUGGUCAUCUCCAAGUACCCUUCUAUCAAGGGCAUCAACUUUGAUUUGCCUCAUGUAGUAGAAAGUGCACCUUCUUAUUCCGGAAUCCAACAUGUCGGCGGGAGUAUGUUCUCCACCAUUCCAAAUGCAGAUGCGAUCAUGAUCAAGGAUACCUUGCAUAAUUGGAACGACGAGAACUGCAUCAAAGUCCUGAAGAACUGCUACGAGGCAUUGCCGAGUAAAGGCAAAGCAAUAGUAAUAGAUCUAGUGUUGCCGGAGGUGCCGGGAGCGAGCCUGGAGUCGAUGUACGCCUCGAGGCUCGAUAACACCAUGUUGAUGCAACCGGGAGGCCAAGAGAGAACGGAGAGAGAAUUCCGGGCCUUGGCCGAGGCGGCCGGUUUCUCUGACUUGAAAGUCGCUUGUGCUGCUAGUAAUCUUUGGAUGGUCAUGGAGCUCUACAAGUGAGAGGCUCUCUUUGUGUAUCCAGUAUUGGAGGUUUGCUUUCAGAAAAAAAAAAAAAAAGGCAAUGACUCUCUGUAGAUGUGAAGAUGUGUAAUCAAAAGAAACUCUUGUUGAUUGAAUAAUGUGACCUCCAAUCAAGUGAAAUCAAAUGAAGUUGCCCACCUUUUCUUGUUAUU